AUUUUAACCCAUCUCAAAACAGGAAUUCGCAUUUCUCUUUUUACUUUCUUUUUUUCCCCUCCUCAUUUUUUAAUUACUUAAUUAGAGAGUGAGAGUGAAAAGAAAGGAGGGGGUUAGACAAACUUACAAUUAUAUAUACACGCAUACCACACGGAAUCCUUUUACCGACUGAGAAUAAAGAACAAUGAAGUACGUCGCAGUGUGUAAGGCAUUAUACGACUAUGAUGCUCGCACCUCCGACGAAAUCGACGUUCACGAAGACAAUGUCCUAUACAUUAUUGAAAAGGAAGACGACGACUGGUGGCGAGCCGAGCUAAAGUCUGGCAAUGGCAAUGGCCCCGUGGGAUUAGUCCCAGCAACUUAUCUCGAAGAAUGUGAACCGAUCGGCAAAGUUCGUGCAGAAUACGAUUAUGAUGCUCAGCAUGAAGAAGAAUUAACGUUCAAGGAAGGACAAGAAUUGUUUGUACUUGAGCGCGAUGAUCCCGACUGGCUCCUUGUACGUUUGGCGAGUAACGGUCAAAUUGGUUUGGCACCGAGUAACUAUGUCGACACUAUCGCAAACGCUGCAGGUGGCGGCAUCGAUCAUGCCAAUGCUCGUGCAGUACCAAAUACACCAACAGCAACUGCAGAACCAGUAUACGAAGAAGAGGAGGAAGAGGUGCACCAGGCAGCAGCACCUGUACCAGUCCCAGCACCACCACCAGCAACACAUUCUCUUACACCACCACAGGGAGGAGCAAGAUCGUCGCCGAUUGCGUCGCCAGCUGUUACGCCUGUGUUAUCUCAUACGACAGGAAGCCGGAUUGAACCAUCCACAGAAGACGAAGCACAAUCAUGGACUGUGCAUGAGUACGAUCCUGCCAAGAAAAAGAAGAAAAAGAGCAAGGGUAAUCUGCUUGUGGGCAACGGCAUGAUUUGUUAUGGCAGCGAGACGGACAAGACUUUGCCGGUACAGCAAUAUCCCAUCUUGGACGUCACGAAAUAUUUGUUUGACGGCAAGAAUCUGCAUAUUGAAGUCUCAGGUGACCGUUCGGCCGUUCUGGAUCUUCAAGCUUCCUCCAAAUCCGAAGCCAAAGCCAUUCUUGUCAAAAUUACAGACUCGCGAACGAUUGCUCAAAUUGCCGCAACACGUCUAAACGCCGCUUCUAAUACCGGUCCUUCAUCACCGGCUACUGCAACCCCAGCAGCAUAUCAUCAAGAGCAGCAACAUUAUCAGGAGGAAGAAGAACAGCCUCCAGCCAUGCCUGCACGACCAGGACAACAACAGCAACGACAACCAGCAUCGCCACCAGCCUGCGAUCCGAAAUGGGGUCUUGUUCAAUUUGCAUUUGAGGCUGAAAGUGGCGAAGAAGUUUCUGUGGACGAAAACGAGCAGGUCUUGGUGGUGGAUCAUACUCGAACGGAUGGUUGGUGGCGUGUCGAAAAGACCAAUGGCAAGCAAGGUUUGGUGCCGGAAACCUACGUGGAGCUGCAUGAUGAUCAGCAGCAUAAUGAUGAUGACGACAAUGCAGCUGCUCUCGAACAACAAAGAUUGGAGGAGGAAGAACGCGCAAGACGUGAGCAAGAAGAAGCCGCAGCACGGCAACGGCGUGCAGAUGAAGAGCGACGACGGAGAGACGAGGAAGCUCGUCGCGCAGCUGAAGAGGAGCGAAGGAGGGUCGAAGAAGACGAAAGGCAAAGAAAAGUGCAACAGGAAGCUGCUCAACGUGCAGAAGCGGCAAGACAACGACAGCUCCAGGCAGAAGCGGAAAAGCGCAAGAGCUUACAGCGAACCUCGACAUUGCCAAGCCGAGCACCCGGUGCUGCAGGUGCCAACGGUCUCAACCGUUCUCAAAGCGUAGCAGCACGUCAGGAUCUGCCGAAACCUGAGGCAUCCAAGUUGCGUACUUGGACUGACCGCAGUGGCGCUUUCAAGGUCGAAGCCCAAUUUUUGUCACUAUUUGAGGGCAAAUUCCGACUACACAAAGCGAACGGUGUCAAGAUUGAUGUGCCAGUCGAGAAAAUGAGUGCUGAGGAUGUCCAGUGGGUUGAGCGGAAAUUGGGGCGUAGUCUUACAGGUGGCACAGCUUUGGCCGAGUUAGCACCCGAGAAAACACCACCCAUGCCCCCACGACCACAAGCACAAGCAACAGCGUCAUCAUCAGCUUCUCCAUCAGCAGCAACAAGAUCUUCUGCAGCUGCGGGUCCAUCUGGUUCUUCUUCCCGUGCGCCUGUUCAUGAAGAGCACGCACAGCCAGUGUUUGCCAAGAAACAACAGAAAAAGACGAACCCAAACUGGGACUGGUUUGACUGGUUCAUGAUGAUUGGCGUACCUAUGGAAGAUGCGCUCAAGUAUUCAGCAACGUUCCAAUCCGAUAAGCUUGAUGAUAGCGACUUGGCCGAUCUCACACAUAAGCGCAUGAAGACUCUGGGAGUUAAGGAAAACCAUGUGCAGCGUAUUGAGCGAUAUCUGGAAACUGAAAAGCCAGAGCCACCAUCGGAUGACGAAAGCGAGGAGGUGGAGCAACAGCGACAAGCUAGCACAGAUCACAUGCAAAAUGACGAAGAGAUGGCACGACGACUUCAUCGUGAAAUGAAUGGCUCAGAUGCACCCAAAACAUCCACACGGUCCAAACCAACGCCCAGCAACUCGGCUCCCAAAGAUGUCCAUCCAGAUUUGCUUGAGUUCAUUGGUACUCAAUUUACUUCUUCGCCUAGCACAAAUAAUCAAUCAGCGACAGCAGCAGAGUCAUCAUCUAGUAAACCCAAAGGCGAUCUUAUUGGGUUUGAGGAUGAUGCUUGGGCGCCUCGUGAGUCGACGCAGCCUGCCAAAGCAUCACCAGCAAAGCAACCUCAAGCUCCCUUACAGCCCACCGCGGUUGCACCUCCUCCAGCUCCAGCUGCCCCGUCUCCUCAGCAGCAACCUCCGCAGCAACAGCAACAACAGCAGCCAGAAGCUGUGGUACAGCAACAUACACCCCAGCAAGUGCCUCAGCAGGCUCAAUACCAGCAACCUCAAUUGACCCAGCCCCAACAGCAGCCGCUGCCACAACAACAAAUCCAAUAUCGACCGACCCCACCGCAACAACAAAAUGUUUCCAUGCCUCCUCGACAACGCCCUGUUUCCAUGCUCAAGCAUACUGCAGACCCAAGUCUGAGUCGAUGGCAACAACAGUCAAACACUGGCAAUCAGCAGCAGCAAUCAUUGCAAGGUCAGCCUACGGGUGGCCAGUUACAAGGCCAAAUGACUGGUAAUAAUGUAGGACAAAUGCAAAUGCAGCCUACUGGACAAAUGGUAUACGGUCAAGCAACAGGCCCAACCCAGCAGCUACAGCAACAAAUGUACAGCCAGCCAACAGGUCAAAUGCAACAGCAAUUUGUCCAGCCUCAACAAACACAGCAAUACCCUAUGCAAACUGGUCAAACCAUGUUGAGUCCUCCUCAAUACAUGCAGCAGCAACAACAACAACAACAACCGCAGCAGCCACAAUGGCAAGCACAAAUGCUGCAGCCUAAUAUGACCGGUAUGCAACCUAUACAGCAGCAGCAACCUAACCAAGGAAUGAUGUACCAACAACCUAUGGCAACGAGCACGGUUCCUUUGGCAUCGAUCCUCCCCCAGCCUUUGCAACCUUCUUCGCAACCAAGCCAACAACAGGCGCAUAUGGGAUAUGUUGGUACUCAACCGACGGGUGUACGCAAUUGGGUGUCUGCAACUCCUGACAAUCCAUUUGGAUCACCUAUGGAUUCCCCUGGUCCCUUAAGUCCUCAACGCACUGGCGUACAAUUCUCUACACCCAAUGACAAUAUGUUCACUCAAAGUCCAAUGCAAUCACAACCGACUGGCUUCUUACAACCUCAGAUGACGGGUGUUCCAAGUAACCAACCUGAUCCUCUUGACAGGUAUUCCGCUUUUAGAAGCAUGUCUUCGCAGCCACAACAACAACAACAACAGCCAUCUAUAUUCACUCCAGCUGGAUCCAUGGCUCAUGGUCAGUCCGCGUUUUCUAACCAGCAAAACCGUGGAUGGUAGGAUGCACACAUGCUCCACCAUUCACGAAAACACACCCAAACUUCUAUAUUAAUCUUUAUAAACAGUAAUUUAUACUCUCAACUCGCACCCCUUUGUUUCCUUUUCGUUACCUCUAUAAACUAAAGUGCUUCUAUAAAAGCAGGCUCUAUGCAUCACUAGCUAUACUUUGUUCCCUUCCAUUUUCGCGAUAUACAACAGCACGAGCGUGGUGAUGAUGAUGAUGAUGAUGAUGAUGAAAAAGAGCCUUUUUUUGGGAUUUGUUUUGGUGGUGAUGGAAUCUCUAUUAUAAUUUUAA